UGUCGGUGAACGGGCUGCUCUUCGCUAAUUAGACUUCAUAGUUUGACCGAUUCUACAGUUAGUAAUAAAAUUUAGGUAGUUUAAAUAAUCACUGAAAUUUAAUAGGUGCUAUUUUGAAGAAAGAGGUUGAGUCAGUUUUAUUAAUCCUUUGUGAAAGUUCGUGCAGUAUGUCCACACUUAAAGGGAAACUCAUGCAAGUAGGCCAAAAUGAGGGCGCGAGGGAGGAAGCAAGAGUGAAAGUAACGGUCGUUGGCGUGGGUCAAGUGGGCAUGGCGUGUGCUUUUAGCAUACUUCAGUCUGGCAUUGCUGAUGAUGUCACUCUGAUGGAUGUGAUGGAGGACAAAUUGAAAGGUGAAGUGUUGGAUCUUCAGCAUGGCAGUUUGUUCUUGAAGACAUCAAAGAUCAGGGCAGCUAAAGACUACUCGGACACAGCCGAGUCCAAGCUGAUUGUGAUCACUGCGGGUGUGCGUCAGAGGCAGGGAGAGAGUCGGCUGGCCCUUGUGAAGAGGAAUGUGGAGGUGUUUAAGCACAUCAUACCUGCCCUGGCCAAACACAGCCCCUCCGCUCUCAUCCUCGUUGUCUCCAACCCAGUGGAUAUCCUGAGCUAUGUGACCUGGAAGCUGAGUGGGUUCCCCCAGGAGAGAGUAAUUGGCAGCGGAACCAACCUGGACUCGGCUCGUUUCCGUUUCCUCAUGGGGGAGAAACUUCAGAUCCACCCAAGCAGUGUGCAUGGCUACAUCAUUGGAGAACACGGAGACUCCAGUGUUCCAGUAUGGAGCGGUGCCAACGUGGCAGGAGUCAACCUGCAGACCUUGAUCUCUGAGCUGGGGGCAGAUCAAGGCUCAGACAACUGGGCUGAAGUACAUCAGGCAGUAAUUAAGAGUGCAUAUGAAGUCAUUAAACUCAAAGGCUACACCUCAUGGGCCAUUGGGCUGAGUGUGUCUAGUCUGGUCCAGGCUUUGCUGAAGAACCUCCACACUGUUCACCCAGUCUCCACCCUUGUCAAGGGAAUGCAUGGCAUUGAAGGGGAGGUGUUUCUUAGCCUGCCGUGUGUGCUGGGUUGGAGUGGUGUGUGUGGGGUGCUCAACCUGCCACUCAAAGAGGCCGAAACCAAAGGCCUACAGCAAAGUGCUCACGUCCUCAGAGACAUCCUCAAGGACCUGAACCUCUGAAACUCUUCACUCUACUUCUGGGAUUUGCCCUGUUUGUUUGCUUGUUUGUUUGUUUGUUUGAAACAGCUGUUUAAUGUCAUUUCUGCUUGUGUCAUUAAUGAACUCCUAUAGGUGAGGUACAACCCUUUUGUCAUAACUCGACUUCAUAGAUUUACUGUGCCAUUGAAGAUCACAGUAGUGUUGAUGGGGAAUUUACGAAUUCCAAAUGGGUUAAAACAAAUUACUUUCCACUUUCUGGAGUUUUCUGAAUCAUGUGUAAUCUUGCUUAUAUAAGAGACAAGAAAAAGCAGCAUCUAUCACUGCUGGUGUUUAAGAUAGGAUCUAAGCUGAUUUUUGCUUGUUCAGUAUACAUACACAUUAAUUACAUGGAGACAGUGUAAAACGGCACACUUAACAGGGCUUAUCAAGUUAUACUUCAUUUUGGCAGAUGAGGGCGCCAAAGCUAAACUUUGAAGUCAUAAUUUACAUGAAAUGUUUGCCAUAUCAGCUAAAACUCUGAUUUAGUUCUGCAGGCAAACUUAACCUGUGAUUUGCAUGCUUAGAGGUGAUGGAAAAAUUGAGAAAGUGUUUUGAGCAGAAAUCAUAAGUAGAUGUAAUAGAAUGCAGAUACAUUCUGUUUUGAAACUCAGUUGCCUGUCAUCCUGAUUGAUUUAACUACUGCCAAGUUUCCUAAUAAAAGCUUA